UUUUUUUCUCUACAUCAAACGCCUCCUCCACUUCUCUCCUCCUAUCUCCGGCGGUGGAAGCAAGAUUCCAUAAAGGGGCAUAUGCAUUUAACCAGGAAUCGAGUCUUGUUGGGAUUUUGGAGACUCGGGUCUGCUUUUGAGACUAAAGAUCAGGCUGUUGUCUUCGGCAUCUGUUUUUUUGGGGAUUUUUGUGGUUUGUGAUGGGGAGUUCUGAUGAGCCAAAAAGUAAGGGCAUUGAUGCGUCUGUGGGUGGGUUGGUUUGGGUCCGCCGCCGUAAUGGUUCAUGGUGGCCAGGUCGGAUUAUGGGCCUUGACGAGCUCUCCGAAGGUUGCUUGGUUUCUCCGAGAUCCGGUACUCCGGUUAAGCUUUUAGGCCGUGAGGAUGCAAGCAUAGACUGGUAUAAUCUUGAAAAGUCUAAAAGGGUGAAGGCAUUUCGUUGUGGGGAGUAUGAUGAAUGUAUUGACAAAGCAAAGGCCUCGGCCGCAAGUUCUAAUAAGAAAGCAGUGAAAUAUGCUCGAAGAGAAGAUGCAAUUCUUCAUGCUCUUGAGAUUGAGAGUGCACGGCUAGGGAAGGAUCAUCCAAAUUAUUUCUCUAGAAGAGACAAUUCAAGUGGUGAGGAUAAUGCUUCUGCCCGAGAAUCACCUAGCAUGUCACAUUCUGGAAAAGAAAAUCAGGAUAUGACUGAUGAAGGGAGUGAAUCUGAAAAUGAUUCAGAUUCUGCCCCAGAAUUAUCACAAUCUGGUAUAUCUUUUGAAGAGCCUAAUCACAUAGGUACUUCAAAGGUGCAAGCUGUUCAGGGAAAGCGAAGAAGAACCCCAAAUGACUCAGAGGAUGAUGGAACUGAAGGAACCAAGCGAAUGAGAGGACUUGAGGACCUGGGUAUGGGUGUAGUGUCGAGAGCAAAGGUCCAGGCUGGGGCAGUGCUGGAGCAUGUUCAACAAGACAAUGCUUCACCUCAUGAUUCAAAUACAGGAAAUUGCAUGCCUAAUGGAAGUGCCAUGAAUGGUAGCAGGGGUUGCUCCUCAUCAUUGAAAAGAAAAAGAUCUCGAGUGGCAAAUGCUCAUGAAUAUUUGAAGAGGAAAAAUCGUCGCCGACCAUUGACAAAGGUGUUGGAAAGUACUGCUAUGGUGUCUGUUCCAGUCAUUUGUGAUGAACUUCCAAGCUCAAAUGGUUCACCCCUUAGGGGACUUUCUGACAGCAAGGUUUCUGGAAUAGAUUCUAAUGAGUCAAGGAGAAGUUUGUCUAUGGCAAAUAACAGUAAUAACUCAGACAGCACAGGAGUAUCAUGUGAGAAUGCUGUAUCCUUAAAUGCUUCUGAACAAGGAGGCACUGCAUCUCAUUCUCUUGUUAAUAACAAAACAAGGGACAAUGAGAUUUCCAGCAUUCCAGGGGUAGCUGAAAAUGAUUCAUCCGACAGGUUGUUUGAUGUGCCGUUUGUUGGGGAAGAUAAGCCCUCUGCAGAUUUCUCUCCUAUAUUUGUGUCUUGUUCAUCUGACACACCUAAUGUUGGUUGUCUGGGAAGGCAAUCAAGUCACAGUAUUAAAGCUGUAAAUGAGGGACAUGAUGAACUAGGUUCUAUCCAGACAGAAGCUAUUAAUGUUAACAUUAGCCAGAGAAUAGAGAGAGAUACUUCAAAGUGGCAGUUGAAAGGGAAGAGGAAUUCAAGACAAAUAAGUAAAAAUAGAAAACCAGACUUGAGGAAAUAUGUUGACAUGGAUGACGAACCAAAUGCUUAUUUGGCAUGUCUAGAACACUUGAAUGGAUUCCCUCAGGGUUCUGAUCAGAAAGUUGAUUCCAAUGGAGUUGGUGAGCCUAUCUCGACAAACAUUUGCACAUCACCAGCACGGCUUAAACCACUUAUGGAAGGUCAGAUUGAUGGAUUCCCUGAAUGGAAGUCUGUUUCUCGAGCAGCUGAACUGAAAUUACUACCUGAUGGUUCUAUGGCCUCUCAAAGGUCACUUCCCUACCGCAUGUCACGCAAUGCAGUUCAUCCCAGAUAUCAGACUGCUGAUUUUCCAGCUAGAAAUUAUUCUGGUGAUUCUUCAUUAUAUGAUGUUAAGGUUGAGGCAGAUCCUAGGUACCGUCCACAAGAUGUUCCAUUGGUUUCCCUUUUGAGUAAAUUGAAUGGCAAAGCCAUUGUUGGUCACCCGCUAACAGUUGAGGUUUUGAAUGAUGGUGGCUAUAGCAAUGAAUGCAAUGUAACUGAAGUUGGUCAUGUAGCCAUGAGAAAUUCUGACGUUGGGAGAGUUACUAAAAAGCGUAUGAAAUUGCAAUCACGCCUCUCAUCAGGUAAAUCUAGAAAAUCAAGGAAAAGCGGGAUUUUGUCCAACAAAAAGAUACGGAAAUUGUCUUCACUGAGUGUUCAGAAGCAGCUUGGUGAAUCCAACAGGAAACUUACGAUGAAUAAGCCUAAAGCUCCUGUCAUAGCUUGUGUUCCCUUGAAGUUAGUAUUCAGUAGAAUAAAUGAAGCAGUGAAUGGUUCAGCACGACACACUCACCGCGCUUUAAUACCAGGGAACCCAUGAAUUUGGCCUUGAUAAGGUUCCUCCUAUUGGCGAAUGUGGUUGGUUUUCAUGGGAUUUUAUUUAACUAGAGAGUCUCUUGUUCCAUAUCAAAAGAUUUAAUACCCUACAGGUAUAAAACCUCUGUACAAUUUGAUGGUAGGCCUCUCUGGUUCUGUAUAUACAUGUAACAUUAGCUGAGGUGUAAAGGAGGUGGUCUGCUAAUAGGUAUAUUAAUGACCUGUUCUUAGGUUUUUAAUUCAUGGAUUCAGGUUUAUUAGAGGCCAAUGCAAUAACUUAAAUUUUGCCAAUGUACCUUUUAGAUUUGGACAUAUUAGCAAUUUGUGCCAAGUUUCCUUUUCAAUGUUGUUGUCAUUUCACAUUCAGUUCUUUUUUUAACUUUUUACAACCAAAAAUUGCAAUCUCUGGAUUAAAUUUACAUUUAUGAU